CCAACAACUUCUACUUAAAACCCUUCCCUCAACUUGCAAAACGCAAAACACACACACGCACUCUCGCUUUGUGCUCUUAUCAAGAUGGAGGAUGAAUGUAGUCCUUUUAAUUGGGAUUGUUACUACCAAGAAGAGGCGCAAGGAAUCCAAGAGUUGAAACACACUUUGCUGUACACGUUGGAGUUAGAAACAACAAUUGCAUGUGCUCAUGAAGAGAUUGCAAGAAAAGGAGAUGAAGUUUUGCAUUUCAAAUGUCUUUUGUCAAAGACUAUCAAAGAAAGAGAUGAAGCCGAAUUGAAGUGUCAAGGCUUAGUGUUGGAAAACCUAAUACUCCAACAAAAGAUUCAAGAAUUUGAAGCUAAUGCUACUACUUCUUUGGUUAGAACCACUCCUACGAGUUACCAAGAAGACGAUCAUAAUUUGGGUGUGGAUUCAUCUUCGGGUUCUGAUGAGAACUUUGUUGGAGCUCAAGGAAUGGAAAGGAUUUCAUUGCCACCGCAACAAACACCGCCAGAAAUCGUGGAUAAUGUAGUAUUGAAAAAAGGGUUGCCAGAGAAUGGCAAGUUCUUGCAGGCAGUGGUGGAAGCGGGCCCGUUACUCCAAACCCUGCUUCUUGCCGGCCCGCUUCCACAGUGGCAACACCCACCACCGCAACUCAACUCAAUAGAGAUCCCACCCGUGACUAUCCCAUCAACUUCCACCACCACACCUCGGAUGCUCCUCCACCAAGACUCGUGUGUUAGCAUAAUCAUUGGUGGUGGCAACAACAACAAUGGUGGUGGAUGUAUGAUCAUGACUAGGAAAAGGGGUUUUGAGCAAAGUUGUGAAGCACAUGACUAUGAUUAUGAUUCUACUCUCACCACCAACACCAAGAACCAAAAGGUUGUUCACCAAUCACCACCAUUGACCAACAUUUAGUGACUAGUAUUUUGAUUUUCCCUCCAACCAUAAUCUAGCUACAAAUUAAUAUGUCAAUUUCCAUCCUUUUCUUUAGGUUUGGAAAAAGUUUAUUAGGAUGAAAGGGAUGGCCAGGAUGGACC